AUGAGCGAUGACGCGAGCCGGGGGCCCUAUAGCGACUCCUACGCCAGCGAUCACGGCGACGAUCACAGCGGCGAUCACGGCGACCGUCGCGGCUGGAAAUCUGGUACUGGCUGGCGCAGAGCAGCCGCGUGGAAGUCUCUAGUUUCCGGAGCGCGGCGGUUGGUGACGGGCAGAAGGCGGAGGCGCGACGAUGCCGGUAGCGAGGGCGACAAUAGCGAGUACUACUCAGACCGGACGUAUUCUGAUGAGGAGCUGUCGAUAGCGGAAGGCAGCGUAGCGCAGUCCGCUGUUUCUUUCAGUCGAGCCUCCACCAGCGCAUGGUGGGCGCAAACGGACAAUUACAGCAACCCCUACCGCCGCCGCUCCGCCCACGCGCAGCACUACCCGCACCAGGGGGAAGGCGGAGGGCACGGGCAGGGGUACGGGCGCGGAAGCAGCGCGGGCAAGGGCGGGAAACGGGUCGCGCUCGAUGACGUGUUAGUGGACCUUUCGAGCCAGCUGCAGGGGUCGCAGGGGGGGCCCGCGGAGGGGAGUGUGGCGGAGGGGGAGGGGGAAUGGGAGGAGGGCGCGGGGGAGAUGCCCGGGCCGUGGUUCUGGCCGUCGUGGUGCCCCUGCCCGCGCGUGCGCAACCCCAUUCUCGUCUACCGUCUUGCAGCCAUGCUGCUAGUGGCAGUGAUCAUCUUUCUCCUCACCUUCUUCACAUGGCUCCUCACAAGCUCCUACUACAACAACUCAGUACAGACUCUGACAAUGAACUACCGCAAGCAGCUGCUGAUGCGCACGCAGGAGCGCGUGGGGAGCAUAGUGGAGGGCACGCGCAACGUGUCUCUCACGUACGCUGCCGUGCUGCAGGCGGGCCUGGAGGCGCAGGAGAGAACACAGGGCACGGUGCACGAGGGACAUGUGGACCUCGACUGGAGUUUAGUCAACACCACUGUGCGGGAGAUAACAUGGGCAGUGUAUGCAUCGAACGAGGCGCGGGUAUCGUCGGUGUUCUUUGGGUCGGUGAAUGGGCUCUUCAUGAGCUACGCCUCCACCGCAGUGCAACGCUUCUGCAUCUACAGCACCCAUCCGCACCACCACAUCUCGCUCACCAAGGCACAGAACUUCACCUCCCAGCCUGUGAUUGGCCCAACAGCACUAUCUCUGAGCAACACCACCUACAGUCUCAACGGCACUGCAGUCACGGACGUGUGGCCGACCUCACCGCCUCCUGCACACCAGGUGGAGUGGGCGGUGGCACAAGUAACCAACGACACCCCCCCGCCCAUGAUCUUUGCCUUUGCAACCGUCGCCCCCAGCACCCUGCUGCCUUUAGGGUCAACUCAAAAGACUCCUUCCCCCCCUCUUCCCCGCCUCCCCUCCCUUCCCCCCCUCUCCUCUCCCGCAUCCCAGGUGGAGUGGGCGGUGGCGCAAGUAACCAAUGACACCCCGCCCAUGAUCUUUGCCUUUGCUACCGUCGCUCCCAGCACCCUGCUGCUCGCCGCCAUCUCCUCCACCUCCUCUCCCCCGGGGGCCGUCGCCCCCAUAGGGGGAGUGCAACUCCAGGGGGGGGAGACAGGGCAGGGCGGGGAGGGGGCGGUGACGCCUGGGGCGGGCUCGCUGGGGUAUGCGGGGAUAGCGGGUGUGGCUCAGCCUCUGGAGGGGGUUCACCGGUUUAUUGAGCAGCUGGAUCUGCUGGAUGGGCUGCUCUAUGUCGUGUGGUUCAAUGGCAGUGAUGCCCGCGUGAUUGCCUCCUCUGCCGCCAACAGCUCCCUCUACUCCAGCCCCUCACAGUCCACCAACGCCCUCCUCGCCAUGGCCGCACGCUUCCUGGAAGCGUCCUUCUCCAUGCAGGACCUGCUGCGCGCGUGCACGUUCUCGGACCGCGUCAGCGGCAAUCCCGAGGCGCCCGACAGCCAGUACUAUGUCGACAGCUGUCCGCUCUCCUCGCCCCUGUUUGAUGACCUUCAGCUGGUGGUGGUGGCGGUGAUACCGCGGCGCAGCAUCAUGGGGGCGAUAGAGACGGGCAGCACGGUGACGGUGUGGUCGUGCUUUGCCAUGUCGCUGGGGCUGCUGCUCGCCGGCUGCCUGCUCAUCCUCAAGAUGACCUCGCGCAUCAACGUCGAGUGGGAACUCAAGCAGGAGCUCAUUCGGCAACUAACUGCCAAGGACCGUGCGGAGAAGUCGAGCAACUUCAAGAGCCAGUUCCUCGCCAACAUGAGCCACGAGUUGCGCACGCCCAUAGCGGGCAUCAUCGGGCUGUUGGACCUGCUGUCAUGCGAGGCCCUGUCAGAGGAGCAGGAGGUCAUGGUGGCUCAGAUCCGCCGCUGUGCCGGGGGGCUGCUGGCGCUCGUCAACAACGUGCUGGACAUCAGCCAUGUGGAGUCGGGGGUGUUGGAGCUGGCAGUGGCGCCGUUCCACAUACUGGAGGAGCUAGAGGCGCUCGUGGAUCUCUUCUCAGUGCACUGCAUCCCCCACGACAUUGACAUCGCUCUAGACGUCUCCGACGACUUCCCCCUGGUGGUAAUAGGCGAUGCAGGGCGGUUCCGGCAGGUGCUGACGAACCUGCUGGCGAAUUCAGUGAAGUUCACAGUGAAGGGGCACAUUGUGGUGCGCGCAUGGGUGGAGAGCAAGCAGCCGCUAGCAGAGGACCCUCUGUCCUUCUUUGGUAUAGGAGCCGCCCUCCCCUUCACCACCACCCACUCCUCCUCCACCACAGCCUCUCUCCCAGGCAACCGCCACUCCGCCGCCUCCUCUGCUGCUGCAGCCGCCGCAGCAGCCCCCCGCACACACCACUCCAGCACCUUCCUCCGGCCCUCCAUGUCCACAACUCCGAGCCUCCUCAACGGCCCUCCGCUCGUCCCCAUGUCUGCGCUUGCUGGUCCUCUCACUAGCAGACGGACUGAGUCUGGGGUAGGGUAUAGCUGGUCCAUGGAGGUGGAGGAGGAGGAGGUGGUGUUGGUAUUUGAAGUGGACGAUACAGGGUGUGGGAUUCCCGUAGACAAGAGAGAGCAGGUGUUUGGGAGCUUUGUUCAGGUUGAUGCGUCGUCCACACGCACGCAUGGAGGGUCCGGCCUGGGGUUGUAUAUUGUGCGCGGGUUGGUGGAGCUGAUGGGAGGGGGGAUUGCGGUGGGGGAUAAGGACGAGCAGGGGACGCUGAUGCGGUUCCAUAUCCGGUUGAAGAUCCCCCCGCCCCCCCCGCCUGCACCGCCGCUGCUGCAGCUGCCGCUGCCUGGACUUGGGGGGCCUGCUAGUGGGCCAGGUCGUUCCUCCUCCACCAUAGGAGGCAGCUCUGCCGUUUCGGGACUUAGUGGUUUACGCGCUUUUCUCGGCAUGUCUGGCACUCUUGCUCCCGGUAGCAACGACCUGGGUGCUGCUUGGACCGGGUUGAAUCGAGCCGGGUCAGGAAUGGCAGUAGCCGGAGGGGUGGGAGGAGGAGGCGGAGGAGGAGGAGGAGGAGGAGGAGGAGCAGGGCAGCAGCUAAGCGUGCCUCUGCAGAGAGUCACCCACAGUUCGCUACUCGAUGGGACGCAGGAUUUGACCGGUGGAAUCGGAGGAGCGGGGGCGGGAGGAGCGGGAGGAGCGGGGCAGGAGGCGGAGUGA